AUGAAGCCUUGGCCCUUAAUAGGUUGGGCAUUGGAUCUGGUUGGUGAGAUUCGACCAGCAUCUUCUAAAGGUCAGAAGUACAUCCGAGUAGACAUUGAUUACUUUACUAAAUGGAUUGAAGCCAUACCUUUAAUGAUUGUUGAUCAAGAACUAGUGAUCGAGUUUAUCCAAAGAUACAUAAUUUAUAGAUUUGGGAUCCUGAAGACCAUUACAACUAAUCAGGGGUCAGUAUUUACUAGUCGAAAGGUCCAGGACUUUUCUAAAGAAGCAGGGUUUAAAAUAUUAACAUAUACACCUUAUUAUGCCCAGGCAAAUGGUCAAGUUGAAGCAUCAAAUAAAGUGGUAAUCGGAUUAAUAAAAAAACAUAUGGGGAAAAAGCCAAGAAAUUGGGAUAAGACAUUGGACCAAAUCUUAUGGGCUUAUCAAAGCUCCCCUAAAGAGGCUAUAAAUUCUAUGCCUUUUCGAUUGACCUAUGGGAACGGUGCGGUGUUACCAGUUGAAAUUCAUAUCCAAUCAACUAGAAUUCAAAGACAGAAUGAGAUCCCAUUUGUAUCCUACUGGAAUAUGAUGUUGAGUGAACUAGUCGAUUUGGACGAAGAAAGGUUGAAUGCGUUAGAGUUAUUAAAGAGGCAAAAAAGGAGGGUAGAAAAAACAUAUAAUAAAAAGGUUAAAGUCAAAUCAUUUUUGAAUGAAGACUUAGUAUGGAAGGUAAUUCUACUUAUGGAUCGAAGGGAUAUGACAUUGGGUAAAUGGUCCCCAAAAUGGAAAGGUCUAUUCCAGAUUGUUCAAGUUUUUUCUAAUGGUGCAUACGAGAUCAAAGGUUUAACCGAGGAUCAAAGAAUCCUGAGAGUAAAAGGUAAAUAUUUGAAAAAAUAUAAGCCUACACUCCAGGAGAUUAAAAUAUCAACAAAAUACUACCCGUACAAAAUCAAAGCCAAAAUGGUAACUGUAUAG